CUGAGCACUGCUAUUUUUGGCCCUCGUGACAGUAAUUGAUGACUGGAGGAAAGGUAUAAAAGCGGCCAGCAGGCUUCAAAGUUUGCCAGACAGCACAGGGAGAAGCCUUCCAUUGCAGACAUUGGAUAUCAACCCACAGCGCUUCGUCCUUACCAUCCUCUUCCCAGUGACCCAACACUGGACACAGGGCUCGAGCUGCCGGACUCCCACCUAUCCACCCUGGAGCUUUCCGGGGCUUCCCUUUGGAUAGGAUUGUCCUUGGUCGUCCAGCUUCCCUGCCACUCCUAGAUCUUUGAGCUACAGGUUGCUGCCUCUGUUUUACUAGAAGCAAUGAGGUCCCGCCUUCUACUUUCUGUGGCCCACCUGCCCACAAUUCGAGAGACUUCAGAGGAGAUCCUGCCGGGGGGAACUGGGCAGGAUCCCCCAGCCUCUCCCAGCCUGGAUGACUAUGUGAGGUCUAUUUGUCAACUGGCACAGCCCACCUCUUUGCUUGACAAGGUCAUAGCAGGAAGCCAACCCAGCAGACCCCACAGGUCAGCCCGGUCCAGUGAGAAAAGUCACCUUGCAGCAUCCCUACAGGACAACACUGCGAGCUUCAGUGGUCAGCAGUCCACACUGCCCUCUGCUGGCACUACUGAUCCUCUGGACUGGAUCUUUGGGGAGUCUCAGAGAAACGAGACAAAUAGGAGGGACCUGCUCAGAAGAACUGGCCCCUCUGCAGGACACAGGAGUGCACACAGAGAGGCCAACAGUGGCAAGCCCAGUGGGUCCCCCAGAAGGAGGCUCUUUGAAGCCAGGGCAUUUGGACACUCUCUGACAAGACCAUCACAGGAUGUGCACCAGAGCUCCAACCUGAAUACCUGGACUUCUGGGCAGCCAGGUCGGGCCACAGCCUCCCCCUGCAACCCCCGCCCAAGUAGUAUUCUCAGAAGUCUUUACUUGCACCUCCCUGUGAUCCAUGAACUCUGACUUCUCCCCAAUAAAGGCUUCUGUAAAGAG